AUGACUGUUGGAUAUGAAUUUCGUUCAACUUUGACGAUUGGUGAUGAAAUACUAAAUAAAAUUAACAAAUUUUUACAAGGCAAUCCAGAAGCAGGUGCUCUAUCACGUGGUAGUAGUAAUGCCUCCGCUGAAAGUUUAGAUGCAGAAGAACAAGCAGGUGUUGAAGAAUGGCAAGCUUUAGCACCUACCGAGGUCGACGAAGAGUCGAAGAACCCCUCUUACUGGAUAAAUGGGACAUUGAUCUUUCCUUUUGGGUCUAUGGAUUAUAUAGUACUAGUGGGGAAUCGACAAUUUGCUGUACUAGGUAGAAGGCCAACCGAAGAUUGUGCUGUGGAAAUUAUUUCUAUGCAAACUGCUCAAUAUUCGAGUGAAAAACCAGGCGAAUACAUCAGUUGUUGCGAUGUUUUUGGCUUGGGAAGCUCGAGAACAUCUGAAACUAUGGACUGCUUGAUAAUUGCACUUGGAUAUUCUAAUGGACAUGUAGAAUUUUACACCGACAAAGGAACUUUGCUGUAUCACGAGAACUUUUCCGUAUCAAAGCCCAUUAUAACAAUCUCAUUUGAUCAUUAUACGGUGGGACAACAAUUAACAAUCGCAUCUACCGAAGAGAUUUUCUUCGUAAACGGAGUGUCUCUCCUGUCAGUUCUUUCCCGAGCCAAAUCAGCGAUUGCCCGAAAAGAAAAAACUGCUGAGGAGUUAUCAGAAGUUCUGGAAUUGUCAUGUGAACGUUUCGUAAUCGAGGGAAAACAUGAAAUCAAUCAUCUACUUUUCACUGGAAUUCGACGAACGACUGCCUUAGAAAGAUAUAUCGAUGCUUCCUGUGAUGGUGUCGAUGCACGAGUCGAAACCUCAAUUUCACCCAACUACUUCACAGUGUUUGCUAGCACAAGUGAAAGCUUGGGAUGUUUUGUUUGGUGUCCUGAAGGUUCGAGUGGGAAUGUAUGGACAGAAGCUGUGUCUAAGAUUGCUUCUACGUUUAUACCUCAUUUUGGGUUCCGAAAGUUCCUGGGAAUUUCAUCGGGUUCAGACAAGAAAACGGUGUUAUCAGCAUCGAAAGGUUAUGGUCUUGUACGUUCAUCAUUUGAUGAUGAAAGAGUUCUCACAAAACUAUCACGAUCCCCAUUAGCUCGUUACUUGAUAGCAGCAUCAGACAACUUAGCCAGAGUUUUGUUGAUUGAUAUAAAGCUGGGGAUGAUUACCAGAAAAUGGAAAGGAUAUCGCGAUGCCACAACUGCGUGGAUAACUUCAACCAGGAACUCCAGAAGGGUUGCAUUUCUAGUCAUUUUUGCUCCUCGUUUGUCAUUGUUAGAAGUUUGGUUACCUUAUGGGGAUAGGGUAGCUGCUCAACGGGUAGACCCUCGCGGUGUUUUGUUAGAAGAUAAUGGUUACGCUGUACUCGUUUCUGAACCUCAGGAAAGUAAUGAGAAUGGAAGAGUAUAUUUCAUGGAUUCUAAGGGAAACGUGAAUGAAGUCGUGGUUCCUUUCUUGUGUGCCUUGAAACAAAACAAUGAAGGCGAAGCACAUGAUCAAAUUCUUCUAGAAGAUAUUUCUUCGAAAGAUGACAGAGUAGAAAAGCUUGUCAAGGCAUUCUCGUCUCUGAACACAGAUGAAGCCAGAAUCGACACUGUUCUUAACUUAGUUGUCACUGCCAACAACGAUGAUAGUUUCGAGAAAACUCUGAGAGAAAUCAGAGAAAUACCUAGUACGGAGGCCGUGCAGGAGGUCACUGCAGAGAUUUCUAGACUUUUCGAACUUUACAAAGAGUUGUUGGCGCUCUAUUCGAGUGCUGAAGAAGCUGAGAGUAGUUAUGAUUUCCCACUGGCCACUGAAUCAGAGAAACUCUUUGAAUUACAUCUGAAGAUUGGUUCAAACACACAGCAUGAUGAAUUCAACUUGCAAAGCCUUUUCUCGCUCAUCGACUUCAACGGAUUUCCUCCAACAGUUAUAAAACAGGACUUGGACUGUAACGAUGCUCUUCCAUUUGCUCGUUUGCUGUUCUUGCCAUUUUUGAAAGGAGCGAAGCCUCCCAGUUACUUCUUCGAAACAUACUUGCCAAAACUUGAGCUUUCCUUAGAAAAAUAUGCCGAAUUGCUUCUUAUGGUAGUACUGAACACGAGUUUUCCGUUCCAAAAUUACUUUGGAAACUUCCUCGAGCUUUUAGAAGAGUUUUCCAGGAGAAUACCCGAAGAAUUCAAUUCUUGGGAAAAGAUGGGUUUAGAAAGCCGAAAUAUUAAUCGAUGUCUGAUUGUGUAUGUAGCAUUAUUUAUCAUUAAGAAUAGAGCUUCGUCUGAAAAUCGACCUGAUGUUUCAGACUCUUCGUUAGAGUGGGAUACAUUAGAUCCUGUGAAAGAACUUGCUGACUCUACAUUAGCAGCUAUGCAUGUAUGUUGGAUUCUUUCGAAACUGAAAAAGGAUGGAUCAUAUAGAAAAAUGCUGCAAAGGGGUCCGGGUUACGUGAGGGAGCAGAUAGCUACAUGGGCUGUGGAGAAGGAACUGCAAGUUGAUAAUAUGAAUGAUAUAAUUGAAGCUUCUGAAGAAAUUAGAGAACUCAUACAUCUUCUACCUAAAACAACCUCACACGACCUCUUAUGCACCGACAUUGCUUGGGAAUUGGCCAGCUUAUGGUUCAAAAAUCGAGAAAAUUUAGAGCCAUUAGAGAGAUCGAUAACCUUCGUUCAUUCCAUUGAGAACAAUAGGUUGAAGCACGGUUUGUGCAAGCUCGUAUGGGAUAAAUUUCUGGUUGAAAAUAUGAGGAAUUUAUCUUCUUUAAUUGAGAAGAAUGGAAGAACACCGACUGAUUCUGAGGCACGUGGUUCUUUAAAAAUUUCUGGAGAAUGCAUGCUGCCUUUCAUAGAAACAGUCAUUUCCUUAUUGACCAUAAUGAGCGAAACCGUUAAAGACGGUGCAGAAAGAGAAGAGUUCCCAGUUGAUCAUAUUCUUCAGUUAGCAUGUGCUCAUCCUCCCGAUUUCUGCAAAGAUAAAACAAUAACAUCAGUCGAUUCAUUAGCGCACACUGCUUUGAAACAGUCGUUGGUCAACUACCAUUUGGUAUUGCAUCACAUACAGUUAUAUCGCAUCUACCAGCUGCAGCUUUUGGGUAAUGCUCACGUGGUACCCAAGAAGCUGCUAUUCUGUGAUAACGGGGCGCGUGCAUUCAAUUAUCCCCUCGAUUCCCAUCCACUAAUACCGGAAGAAGUUGAUGAUCAAUAUAUGAAAAACCGUCAUGAUUUCCUUACAAAGGUUGCUGAAGAAGGUACAGAUACUGAACGAGAGUUAGCAAGAAACCUGGCUGCUGAAUGGAACUUGAACGAUGACAACAUAGCAUUUAUGCAAUUGCUUAACUAUCUCCGGAUAGGUGAAGACGAAAGAGCAAAGUUGGAAUUAGGUUCGGUUCUUUCUGAUGAGCUGGGUUAUCGUUUAUCACGCAUAUCUGCUGCUCGUGUGAUUCAACUUGCUGAAGAGCAAAAUAAGAACUUGCCAACUUCUAUCAAUAGGUUUUUAAGAGAACUAGCCGAUGAUGAGGUUGUAAGUUGGGAGGGCUCAUGGAAAGAUGCUGUAGUGUCGCUGGCCGACCUGGUAUCUUUCGUACCAUUGGAACCAAAAGAUGUUGCUAACUUCAUCAAGAUAAGUACGAUCACGAGACAAUAUUGGGGUAUUUCUUUCUAUAAUGGUUAG